UUGAGGGUGUGUAUAUAUACGAGUGAUAGCUCCUAUCUUAUUUUUCAACAUUUGUUUUGUUCUCCAUUUUAUUAAUUUCUGAUUUUCACUUUUCUCAACCCAAACAAACGCGUUUCUCUCAGCUACAAUGGCCGAUCAGCUCACCGAUGAUCAGAUCGCAGAGUUUAAGGAAGCCUUCAGCCUAUUCGACAAGGACGGCGAUGGUUGUAUUACUACCAAGGAACUCGGGACUGUCAUGCGGUCUCUUGGGCAAAACCCAACUGAGGCAGAGUUGCAGGAUAUGAUAAAUGAAGUUGAUGCUGACGGCAACGGUACCAUUGAUUUCCCAGAGUUCCUCAACCUGAUGGCCCGCAAGAUGAAAGAUACUGAUUCAGAGGAGGAACUUAAGGAAGCCUUCCGUGUGUUUGACAAGGAUCAGAACGGUUUUAUUUCUGCAGCUGAGCUCCGCCAUGUCAUGACAAAUCUAGGUGAGAAGCUGACAGACGAAGAAGUUGAUGAGAUGAUUCGUGAAGCCGAUGUUGAUGGUGAUGGGCAGAUCAACUAUGAGGAGUUUGUCAAAGUUAUGAUGGCCAAGUGAGGACCAAUCAACCGUAACCAGAAUUUGAAAAUCAUAUAAAAAGAAAAGGGACAGGGCAGAUAAGUUUUGAUGAGAAUUCUAUUUCCAUUAGGAAAUCUUUAUUUGGGGUCAUUAGUUUUUGUUCGUCGAGUGUCUAUUUUCUUGUUUGCUAUAAUUGGUACUGCUCCUUAUUAGUUUCCUGCUUGUUUGUUCUUCUGUCCCUUAGUUUCAGUAGUUUGGGUUAGCUGUUUCUUACGCAUUGCUACUUCACUUUUCAUCUUUUUUGGUAUUUUUAUGAACCUAGAACUAUUGGAUGCCAUUUGUGUUUGGUUACAUGUGGGUGACAAUAUGCUGUUAAUAUUUACAUCCUUUGGCCUAUGAUUUUGGAUUUAAUGCAAUCGGCAUGAGUUGUUUUAUAA